ACCAGGAAUCUGCCUGGUGCUUUUGGGGAAAGCCUCAGUCAGAACACUAUUCUGUAUUUUCCUAGCAAGACUCGGAUACGAAGUUCUCACUUUGUAGGGAAGACGGGCAGCACCAAAUUUAACGAAGAAAUGAAAUCAAUUGAGUGGAAGUUUUUCUCUUCUCGUUCUGUAGGAAUCUCCACCCAUUCGGUCAACUCCUUAGGACAAACUCCGCUCUUCACAGCUGCCUUGCUCGUGGGUAAACUGGUGGACAUCCUCUUGGAUUAUGGAUCGGACCCCAACCACCGCUGUUAUGACGGCACCCCUUUCCACGCAGCGGCCUUUUCCGGAAGCCAGUUCAUUCUUAGCAAACUGCUGGACGCAGGCGGGGUGCGCUUCCACGACAAGGAUGGGAGGACCCCGCAAAGCUGGGCCGUGACCGCAGGGAAGGAAAGCAGUGCGCAGGUGGUUAGGUUUAGGUUUAAGUGUUAGUCGUCCUGCAAACCAGUCCUUGAUUUAUUGAGGAAAGUGGACUCCCCCAGAGCCUUAGUGCACAGCCCUUCCAAGUUUGGGGGUUUACUCAAGGUUCUCCAUCUCGUCCUUCAGGGCAACGGACAGUCCUCUUGGGAGGUUCAUGAAGCGUGCGAGCAGCAUGUCGCAAGAAUCUUCAGUUUCGGCUUUGGGAAGUUUUUUCUCACCAGCAAGAGGCAGCUGGGCUACCUGGCUUCCAUCCCCAUCAUCGCGGACAAGGAAGUGGUUCAAGCCGAUGACGAGCCCACCUUCUCUUUCUCCACGGGCCCACUCUUUCUCCCCACAGCCUGAUGUUGGGGAGGCAGCCGCGUGACCGUCAAGGAGCUGAACACAGCCUCCCAACAUUGCAGCAAGCUGCGCCUCUCCGACCUCCUCUUGGCUGAGCAGGAGUACAGCAGCCAGCUUCACCACCCUCACCUGCUGCUGCUGAUGGCCGUCUGUCUGUCCAGCGACUUGGAGAAGACUCGGCUGGUGUUCGAGAGGGUGAAUUUCGGGUCUCUCUACAGCAUCCUUCACGAGAGGCGCUCCGAGUUCCCUGUGCUGCACAUGGAAACGAUUGUGCACCUGCUGAUGCAGGUGAGCGACGCCCUCCGCUACCUCCACCUGCGUGGCUUCAUUCACCGGACCCUCAGCUCUUACGCCGUGGUGAUUGUACUGACUGGGGGAAGCGAAGCUGACCAACUGGAGCACAUGAUUGAAAGCAAAGACGGAGGGGAGCGCAGUGACCUGACCCGAGUGCCCAUCCCUCCUCAGCUGUACAAGUGGUGCGCCCCAGAAGUGAUCCUGGAGCGGACAGCGACUGUCAAGUCUGACGUCUACAGUUUUUGCGCCGUCAUGCAGGAGGCGUUUACAGACACAGUUCCCUGGGAGGGAUUGGACGGUCCGUCCAUCAAAGAUCGCAUCACCACCGGCCAGUGGUUAGAAGCCGAUGCCAGGCUCUCCAAGCCGUAUUACGACAUGGUGAAGACAGGCCUGGAGUCCAGACCCAAGCAGCGCACGAUGAACCUGCAAGAUAUCCGCUACAUUCUGAAGAACGACUUGAAGGAUUUACUAGAAUCUCGCAAGCACCGUCCCGAGGGACAUCCGGAAUCUCCCAAGCCUGAAAUCCAAGCCAAUAUCAAUAUCUGUUUGCCUUCCGCCUCGGCUUUCGAGGUUAAGAAGCCAAGACUGCAAGAAGAAAAGGCUCACGUAGUCCGGAGUUUCACCACCACCAGAUGCGCCCUUUCCUCGCCGGAGAACAAACCCGUCGUCGUCCAGGUCUCCGAGCCGGUUCUCCGCACAGCACAGUCGAGCCCCAUGUUAGAGGAAUGUUUGAGCGACGUCGUCCAGGUCUCCGAGCCGGUUCUCCGCACAACGCAUUCCAGACCUUUCUUCAACAGAUGCUUGCAAGACGCGGAACAGGACAGCAACGCCAACCUGAGCUUGUCCAGCGUGCAAAUUAACGAGAUAUACACUUGCUAUCCAGAGCUGGGCGAAGAGACGGAGGGGGACGAAGAGACGUCGAGAACCGAGCAGGACCCCGAUUCCCACGGAAGAUCGCCAGGCUCUCCCGGCGAUACGGCCGAUUUCUCUCCCCCUCGACUCAUCAAGAUCCGAGACCGCGAGGCGAGUCUGUCCUCGGACAACGAAACGGAAUACAGUCACGAGGACCUGAGCGGCUUCUCGGUAAUGAACGAGGUGCUCAAGGGCGCCCACGGCAAACACGAGAACGUCCAGUCCCAGUUCGAGCACAAAUUCGGCAAGUGCGUUCUCGAUCUCAAGAUCUGCCAAACUUUGCUCCAGCAAGCUACGGAUUCCCUUUCCCGCACCGAAACCAAACUGGGCCCGCUGCAGCGUUUCGACAAACCUCAGGAGCUGUUUUGGGGCGCCCAGGCAAAGGAACAACUCCCCGUCGGGAUUCCUGCGCCCGGUUGCCAGGAGAAGCUGGAGAGCAUCUUGAGAAAUAUUCAACCUCCCUCCAACGGCGACCGCGCCCUGCAGUGGAAGACGGUGGGUCCUCCGACGGAGGCCUACGUGCCACCGCCGUUCCGUGUUCCGGGGGCAUACAGAUCCCGGGUGAUCCCGUCUUACCAAUCAUCUGAAAACAGACCCAAAAGUGCCAACCACAGCCCGGAUACCACCUACUGGAGCGAUUUUGGACCGGAAACAGCCAAAAGUCCCGUAAAUCCAAAAGGAACGGAGUCGAACUAUCAGCUCUUGCCCCAAGGGGUGACCUUCAGGAAGAAGAAGAGCUCCCAGCUGCGUCGAGGCAGUUCAAUGUUGGACGGGAUCAAAAUUACAGAUGGGUCCUUGAAAAAAACAGCUCCUGAAAUCUACGAAGCAAAUUUGAGAAGCGAGGAGAGGAGAAUGGCCCAGUUGGAAUGGACAACUGAAGUGAAGCAGAUGGCCAAGCAGGCGGCUGCGGGGCAGCUUCAUUUACCGACGCAGCACCCUGCCAGCAGGUGGAUGUUGCAGAGCGAGGCGCAGGACCUCCAGACAGGUUUCCCCAGCCCCACCAUCUGUGAGCGGGUCCGAUUCUACCAGGAGAACGGCGAGGCAGGGAGGACGCAGCGCACCAGGGCCGUCGGGGACCACAAAGUGCGUUGCGAUCAAGAAAAGCAGAAAAAUCCAGACGGGGCGUUAGGAAGAGUCCCAGGCCUGGAGAAGGAAGGAAGAGACAGUUCGGUUCCAGCCUGCGAGACUGGUGCAGCGCCACGCAAGCCGGUUUUCCUUUCUCUUCCGUCGGAGGAUUCUUGCCGGGAGCAUCUGGAAGAGGUGACCCACUCAACAUCGACAUCCCUUAACAUAUCCGAGGAAUUUUUCACUCCGGACACCGACUACUUUUUGGGUAGUUCUGCUCCUCCCGAGCUUUCAGAAUUGGAAUAUUCAACAGCUGAGGAAAAAGAAGACGAUAUUUUAGGAAGAACGGAGGAAAUUUCCGGGCAGAAAGAAAAGUUGAAAAAACAUCAAGGAAUCUGGAGUCAGAAAGCACAUCCCAUCAAUUCAGGGCAGAGACGAGAGGGUUCCUGUGGGACAGGUACGAACUAUAUCCAUGACAACCUGCCAAGGGGAGACGUGUUUACUUCCGCAAACGGCCCCGGGGUGGCGCAACGCGGAUGUCUCGGUGAGCCUGCGAGAGAGUUUGGAGCAGAAGACACAUCCCUUGGAGCUAUUCAAGAAAUGUCCAGCAUCAACUUCAAGGAUUUGUCAAACACGUCAGCUGUGAAAACUCCAAGAAAUUCGAACUCCCCCAUUCAGACCAGCACCCCGGUCAGCCCCGUGAAUCCACCCCCGAAAUUUUCCUCCACCGUCACGAAAUACAAGGAUUAUUGUGUGAUGACGAUAGAUACCUCUUGUUGGGCCAUGCACGACGUUUCCUUGUUGGGAGUCACUACGUUUCCCGCACCUUGUGAAACAAGGGUGAUGAUAGAAGAGGCACCUCCUGCCCCACUUCCAUCAUUCGGCCUCGUACAGCAUGACGGUAACUUUUGGCUCCCCAUCUCGAAUCUGGCAGAACCAGGAAUGGAGAUUCCUCCUGCUCAGCAAAACCCACCCCAAAGAGGAGAUCCGCUGGAUUCAAAAACACCCGGGAAGCCAGAGGAGAAGGAAGCGCCCAGCGCCAGCCAAACGGAGGGCAGCCUGUGGUUGAUGGGCAGCGUCUGUCAGGCGGAGGAUACAGAAAGAGCUAACUCAAGCCUUGACAAAGUGUUGGAAUUUCUUUGUCCGACUGCCGAUAGCCACGACAUAAAUAAGGGCCUGCCAGAUGCCAUCCAGAGGGGGGAGCUGAGCUAUGCCCACCACGGGAACAUCGAGAUGAAGGGAGGAGCCGAAGAAAGUUUCAGCGAGUCCGAAGGCUCCAUCGAAAAUGUUGAAGGACUUUCUUAAGACCCAUGAGAUAAAACGGACUCUCGGCUGGCUAAUUGAGUGACUCCCGUUUCUUUAUUUUAUUUUAUUUUUCUCCCCGUGCGUUUGUUGGAAAACAAACUUUUGAAAAAGGGGAAGGGGGGCAGGAUUUGCUGCAAAGGCACUCGGUGGCUAGAAGAACGGGAGUUUGCAAUAAAUCCGUCUUUUUCA